GUGUGAAAAUUAUAGAAAAAGUCGGAUAAAAAUUAGCUAAUGAUGUGCUCUUCAUGAUCACAUAACUGAUUCUGCAUGGAUAGAUGUGAAAGAAUUCCAAAGUCGAUCAUUUGGAUCGCAGUAACUUUUAGUGCUUCGUUAGUUCUCAGUUUGAAGCCACAGAAAGCAUCAUUUGGUAUCAUCGUACCCAAAACAUCCUUAGUUACUCAGAAGAGAUCGUACGAAAAGAAAGUUAAAGAUACAGUAGAUAAUUUACUGAAGAAUCGUUAUUUUGAUAUCAACUUUACAAACAAUUAUAUAAUACCUCACGCUGCUGUAGAUUAUUUUCCAUCGAAUCCAGCACCGAAAGAUAUACUGAAUCUCCUCUGUGAUAUAUUAUCAAAAGAUAUCCUAACUCUUCUUUAUUUUGAUAAUGCAGAAAGCUAUGGAAGUAAUCCUGCUGAAGUACAAUAUUUGUUGCAGUUGCUCGGUUAUCUCAAAAUGCCCGUAAUUGCUUGGAAUUCCGAAAAUAGUGGACUAAAACAGAGAAUUUCAGAAUCGACAUUAUUACAGUUAGCACCAUCGAUAAAUCAUCAAUUAAAAGCAGUAUUAAGCAUUUUAAAAAGAUAUUCCUGGCAUAAAUUCUCGUUACUGACAUCAGAAAUUAACGGCCAUAACGAUAUCAUUCGUGCUUUGAGGAAUCAAGUACAAGAAUCUACGACUACAGAAUUCAAGUUCGAAAUAAUUAAUAUUUUCACGAUAAAAGUAGAAAAUAGACCGGAUUCCGAAGUAUAUUGGGAAUUAGAACCCUUAGCUAAAAGUGAAGCACGGAUAAUACUUCUGUACAGUACAAAAGAUGAAGCUGAAAAGAUUAUGAAUGCUGCUAAUGAAUGGAAGAUAACUGGAAAGAACUAUUUAUGGGUAGCAACUCAGAGUAUAAUCGGUAAUGUCGGAGCAUUUUUCAAGUAUUUACCACCUGGAAUGUUAGGUGUAUACUUCAAUGCAACUCAAGAGAUUUUGUUAGACGAAAUCGAGAAAGCAAUUAUAAUAUUUGCGUAUGGUUUGAAUUCAUUUGCUAAUGAUAAAAACAAUGCCAGAACAAUUUUAUCUUCAAAUCUUAAUUGUAACGCUUCGGGAGAAUCGAAAUGGAACAAAGGAUCGUACUUUUUCAAAUAUCUUAAAAAUAUCGAUAUUAAUGUCGAUAUUAAAGGAAAACCGAAGAGGCGCAUCACUUUUGAUGCUGAAGGUGCUCUGAAGUACGUGGAGAUUGCAGUGAUGAAUUUAAACAAGGGUAGAAAAUGGGAUAGGGUAUGUAUUCAUUUAUUUUUAAGUUUAAAGUCUUCUUCAUCACUUCUACAAAAUAUAAACAUAAGAAAAAGCUUCUUUUUGUUUACGUUACGAACAUUUGGAAAAUUACUAUCUGACAAAGUUGGAGUCUUCUAUUUUCAGGUAGGUACAUGGACUGAAAAGGGUCUAAGUAUUAAGGAUAUAAUAUGGCCAGGUGAUUCUGCAUCUCCUCCUCGUGGUGUCCCCGAAAAAUUUAAUCUGAAAGCCACCUUUAUGGAAGAACCACCUUACAUCAAUAUCGUAGAACCUGAUAAUAAAACGGGAAAUUGUAAAACUCAUAGAGCUGUUCCUUGUCGAGUGGUAAGGCCUGAAAUGACUAAAUUUAACGUUUCGGUAGCCACAAAUGGUUCGGAUUAUUAUAAAUGUUGUGCUGGCUUCUGCAUCGAUCUGCUUCAGAAAUUCGCAGAUGACCUUAGUUUUACAUACGAUCUUUACGAAGUCGAAGAUAAAAAAUGGGGAGCGUUAAAUAACGGUACGUGGAAUGGUCUGAUAGCCGAUCUUUUAUCUCAUAAAUCUGACAUCGUUGUUACUUCCUUCAAAAUUAACUCAGAAAGACAAAGUGCCGUCGACUUUACCGUUCCUUUCUUAGAAACUGGAAUUGCUAUUGUUGUAGCUAAAAGAACUGGAAUAAUAUCUCCCAAAGCAUUCCUUGUGCCACGUUAUCCUAUGAACAAACAAGAGCAAUUUCCUGGGUCUUCCACCAAGAGGGGACUUCAGGAAUCUUUUAUAAGAAAUAGUCCCCCUCCCCGAAAAUUUCCCAGAAGAAAAAUGUCUGAAUUCAACACUACAUUUAACGUUUCGGUAGCCACAAAUGGUUCGGAUUAUUAUAAAUGUUGUGCUGGCUUCUGCAUCGAUCUGCUUCAGAAAUUCGCAGAUGACCUUAGUUUUACAUACGAUCUUUACGAAGUCGAAGAUAAAAAAUGGGGAGCGUUAAAUAACGGUACGUGGAAUGGUCUGAUAGCCGAUCUUUUAUCUCAUAAAUCUGACAUCGUUGUUACUUCCUUCAAAAUUAACUCAGAAAGACAAAGUGCCGUCGACUUUACCGUUCCUUUCUUAGAAACUGGAAUUGCUAUUGUUGUAGCUAAAAGAACUGGAAUAAUAUCUCCCAAAGCAUUCCUUGAACCAUUCGAUACGAUUUCUUGGAUAAUGAUUUUGCUCAUAAGCAUACAAGCUGCAGCCUUCUCCAUUUUCUUUUUCGAGUGGUUAAGUCCCGCAGGAUACGAUAAGAAAAUGUUGCCAGCUAGAGACGAGAAUGAUUCGAAUCCCGAUCACAAAUUUUCGUUGUUCAGAACAUAUUGGUUGGUAUGGGCUAUUUUAUUUGGUGCAGCCGUCAAUGUAGAUUGUCCUAGAGGUUAUACAGCACGUUUCAUGUCCAAUGUGUGGGCCAUGUUUGCUGUGGUUUUCCUCGCCAUAUAUACAGCUAAUUUAGCAGCUUUUAUGAUCACUCGUGAAGAGUAUUAUGACUUAAGUGGAAUUGAAGAUAAAAGAUUGCAGUACCCAACGAUGGUUGAUCCACCAUUCCGCUAUGGCACCAUCCCCUCUGGCAAUACAGAGACGGUACUUAAGAGAAAUAAACCAGAUUUAUACAUGUACAUGAAGAAAUAUAACCAACCAUCAGUACAGGAUGGUAUCAAAGCAGUGAAGAUGGGGGAUCUAGAUGCUUUUAUAUACGAUUCAACAGUUUUAGAAUNUUAUGAACUCGAUAUAGCGACACCCGACGUAACGAACUUUCGUUACAGCGAACAGUUUUCUUGUUCCUUUCCAUUCUCGGGUUUCCGAUUUAACGUUUCGGUAGCCACAAAUGGUUCGGAUUAUUAUAAAUGUUGUGCUGGCUUCUGCAUCGAUCUGCUUCAGAAAUUCGCAGAUGACCUUAGUUUUACAUACGAUCUUUACGAAGUCGAAGAUAAAAAAUGGGGAGCGUUAAAUAACGGUACGUGGAAUGGUCUGAUAGCCGAUCUUUUAUCUCAUAAAUCUGACAUCGUUGUUACUUCCUUCAAAAUUAACUCAGAAAGACAAAGUGCCGUCGACUUUACCGUUCCUUUCUUAGAAACUGGAAUUGCUAUUGUUGUAGCUAAAAGAACUGGAAUAAUAUCUCCCAAAGCAUUCCUUGAACCAUUCGAUACGAUUUCUUGGAUAAUGAUUUUGCUCAUAAGCAUACAAGCUGCAGCCUUCUCCAUUUUCUUUUUCGAGUGGUUAAGUCCCGCAGGAUACGAUAAGAAAAUGUUGCCAGCUAGAGACGAGAAUGAUUCGAAUCCCGAUCACAAAUUUUCGUUGUUCAGAACAUAUUGGUUGGUAUGGGCUAUUUUAUUUGGUGCAGCCGUCAAUGUAGAUUGUCCUAGAGGUUAUACAGCACGUUUCAUGUCCAAUGUGUGGGCCAUGUUUGCUGUGGUUUUCCUCGCCAUAUAUACAGCUAAUUUAGCAGCUUUUAUGAUCACUCGUGAAGAGUAUUAUGACUUAAGUGGAAUUGAAGAUAAAAGAUUGCAGUACCCAACGAUGGUUGAUCCACCAUUCCGCUAUGGCACCAUCCCCUCUGGCAAUACAGAGACGGUACUUAAGAGAAAUAAACCAGAUUUAUACAUGUACAUGAAGAAAUAUAACCAACCAUCAGUACAGGAUGGUAUCAAAGCAGUGAAGAUGGGGGAUCUAGAUGCUUUUAUAUACGAUUCAACAGUUUUAGAAUAUUUAGUUGGACAGGACAACGAAUGUCGUCUUCUAACAGUAGGAUCAUGGUAUGCAAUGACCGGUUACGGUUUCGCUUUACCAAAAAACUCUAAUUAUUUAAAUAUGUUCAACAGAGAGAUGAUUAAGUAUAGAGAAAAUGGUGAUUUAGAAAGAUUACAAAGAUUUUGGUUCCAAGGGGCUUGCAAGCCUACAAAGAAUAAGCGUAAUGUGAGCAAGCCUUUGGAUAUCAAUCAAUUUAUGAGCGCCUUUUUAUUGCUAGGAUGUGGUGUUUUUUUAACCAUUUGCCUCUUGGGUCUAGAACACGUGUACUUCCGUUACAUCAGGAAGCACUUAGCAAAGAAAGAUGCUGGUGGCUGCUUCACCCUUAUCAGUCUGAGUAUGGGAAAAUCCCUGAGUUUCAGGGGUGCUGUGUUUGAGGCCCAGGACAUGAUAAAACAUCACAGAUGCAAGGAUCCCAUUUGUGAUACUCAACUAUGGAAAGCUAAGCACGAAUUGGAUAUGGCGAAUUUGAAAAUACGUCAACUUGAAGCACAAAUUGAAGGAAGGUAA